AUGUGUUUAUCUCGAUCGUUUUCCAGUUUAAAUAUCAGUGGAAUCAAAGCUUUGACACUAUGUUUUGGAAUAGCUUUUGUGGUAUUUUUCCUGUUGUAUGUCACAAAGCCAAGUGAUGUGGGCAACAGAAAACAAUUUAAUCCAAAGCCAUUGGAAUACAAGGUGGGAGUAAACACAAAAGAGGUAUCGAAACAGAAGCAGAAAUUGUUUCAAAGAGUAACAAAGAAAACAACCAAAGUUCCAACCAAGAAGACUACUCACAAAAUAACUCCAAGACCAGAAACGACCAAGGCACCCAAAUAUACUACUACAACCAAACAACCUAAAGAAACAUCUUUGCUGAAUUCAAGAACAGAAACGAUUAAUAAAUGCCCUUCCGUUCUAGAGGGUAUGACUCUCGGAAGAUGGCACACUCCGAAAUUAACAGACGUUCAAUUCCACGAAGCCUGGCAAAUAAUCAAAAAGGCUUCAAAUAGACUACCAAUAUAUCACAAUCUACAAAGACCCGAUCUUAAAUGUAGCAAUGAAACAUUUAGACCUAUUGCAAACUACAUCCGGGCACUUUGCGAUCCGGAGGGUGAAACGCCAUGUUGUUUUAAUAAUAUGUGUGUAGGCAAAACUGUUCGAGAAUGUAGAUGUACGGGUUGCCUUGAUCUAAGAAGAGAUGUUAUUCACCCGAAGUAUGCAAAAUGGGUACCGCAUGACAGACGCUGUGAUUUCAAACCAUUCACUAAGAAAGAAUCAUGUACACUUUUGGAAAACUGGACGGUUCACUUCGUAGGUGAUUCUUUGGUUGAACAGCUGGCAACUGCAGUGUUUGUUACUUUGAGUGGAAAUUUGAAAGAUGGUGCCCUUGAAGCAGAUAUAAAACCAGAUGCGUUAAAACGAUGCCAGUUCGACAGACAAUUUGACAAUGGUGGGUUAUGUAAAACCCAGCUACGAAGAGAGGGAAAACUGUGCACAGGAAAGGUGGAUUUUAAAGUCCAUAAAGUAGAAGCAUUGGCAGAUAAAAAGAAAUUUGACGAUCUUAUGGCCAGUGUGAUAACUAAACCAAGGACAUUAGUGUUUAUUUCAGUUGGUCUUCAUCAGAAAAGCGACACAAAAGUUGCCAUGGAAACUGUUCUUCAAGAUAGCCUGGACAAACUUAAAGCCAGCAAGUCCGUUUGGCCUCUGGUUAUUUUCGGAACCAUUCCGGCUCCUGGGCCAUUAAAAAGUCCAAUAUUUGUGACCCAAACAUGGAAUAAAGUUCUUGCUUAUAAUAACGAAAUGACAAAGCUGUUAAAAUCUCAAUAUAACAUUACAACAGUGGAUUUUUUCCCGAUGUCAGAACGUCUCAUGCCUUACGAUGGAACUCAUUUUGGAAUGUAUGCUACGUUAAAUAGGUUUUAUCUUUUACUUCAUUAUUUUAAAGAAUGGAAAGGAAAACAAUAAAAGAGUUUAAGGU